AUGUCACAGAAAGGAUCCAAGAAACCACAUAGAGAAAGAAAGAACAAGGAGAAAAAGUUCAAGUCAAAAUGUCCAGAUCUUGAUAAAUCAGCUCACAUGAAAAAGUUCUUCAAACCAGAAGACAUGAAAGUAUUGAUGAGCACAUGGGAAGAACUGGACAACACGUCAUCUGAUGAAGAAAUAAAGGAAGAAGAAGAAGCCAACCUUUGUGUGAUGGUAGCGCUACAUCGGAAAGGAAUAUCAUUCCUUGAUCUUGGAUAUAGCAUCAACCUAAUUCCAUUAUCUCUACUAAACAAAAUUAGAAAGGUAGCAAGGAAACCAACAUGCUUGAUGAUACAACUAGCGGAAUGUUCCAUUAACUUUCCUCUUGGAAUAGUGAAGAACAUUCCUGUACGAGUUGGGAGGUUCACCAUACAAGUGGACUUUGUCAUCAUGGAUAUAAAAGAAGACGCCUCUAUCCCUUUAAUUCUAGGAAGACCAUUCAUGAAUACCGCUAAUGUCAUCACUAGUGUUGUAAAGGGCAAAUGCACUUUACGAAUGGGUGACGAGGUCACAUUUGAUGUGCAUGAAGCUAUGAAGCACCCCAAGGAUAAAGGAGCUUGCUUCAAGGUGGAUAUAAUUGAUGAAGUAAUAUAUAAAAAAAACUCCACAAAUCUUAACACCAACACCAUUAGAGCUUGCUUUAACCAACAUCGUGCAAGACCUCACUCAGAGCAUAAUAAAGAGCUAGAGGAAUGCAUCUAG